GAUUAACAGUCUGUUACAUGCGAGAAACAUCAACGGAAAACAAUUUUCUUUUCAAUGCUUAACAUAUUGUAGUUUCACCUAGUUUCUUUACCUUUUGUUCAAAUCAAUAUGAUCUAGACAUAAAAAUGAAACGGAAAUAUAAACAUAUCUUAGGUAAAAUAUAUCUUGUAGGGAUAUUCUGGAUUUUACUGACUAUAUUAGUUAAACAAAUUAUACAAUAUGAUGGAAAUGAAGUACAAGCAAACAUUGCUCCAAGACGUUUGGAUCAACAUACUAUACAACAGAACGGAACAAUAUCAAAGCUUGUUUCUGUGCAAACAAACGCCACAUCAGCGAAAAAACAAGACAGUACAGUUAAACCAACAACAAAGCUUGUUUAUGUGAAAACAAAUGCCACAGCAGCGAAGCAACAGAGUGUAAUUAAACCAACAACAAAGUCUGUUUCUGUAAAAACAAACGUCUUACCAGCAAAGAUACUCGAUACAGUUAAACCGAAGAAAGAGCAUGAUGAAAAUGAUGUGUCCUUCUGGAAACAACCGUUGGAUUAUGUUCCCGAUUUAUCUGAGACACAAAAUAGUGACAAGGUGCCAUAUCUUUCGCAUAAAGUAGCAAGCAAGUAUCUGGAAUUACCAAACAUUGAAUAUAAAGAUAAAAUAGCUAUUUUGACUCCACUACGAAAUGCAGAAUACGCUCUUGAACAAUACGCAAAACAAAUUGUGAAUCUGACGUACCCUCAUGCUUUAAUCUCGAUAUAUUUUGGAGAGGAUGGAAGUAAUGACAAAACAUUUGAAAAAGGAAAUCAAAUAGUGCAACAACUUAAGAGACGAAACAACUUUGCUGAAGUUGCAGCUUUAAAAUUAAACAUAUCCGGCGGCAUACAUGAACUAGUUCAAGUACGACAUCUGAAAGAAAGUCAACAAUAUAGAAGAGAACAUAUUGCUUUGGCAAGAAAUCGUCUACUCCGCUUUGCUCUAAAGCAAAACAAAUUCGAUUAUAUUCUGUGGAUAGAUAGUGACGUUGCAGAAAUUCCGCCUGACCUCGUGCAGCAAAUGCUCUUCGCGAAAUCUGAUGUCGUGGCAACAAGUUGUUUGAUGAGAAGUCUUGGAUAUAAAAUGAAAUAUGACAGGAAUUCUUGGAGGGAGACGAAUGCUUCCAUAAAACAGCAGUCAGAACUUGAACCGGAUUAUCUUGUAGUGGAAGGUUUCGGCAGAUCUCUAAGAAUUGCUCUUCCAGAUCUUAAAAGUGAAGGUCGUGUAGUUCCUUUGGAUGGAGUAGGUGGUUGUGCACUUAUGAUCAAAGCCGACUGUCACCGAAGUGGUUUGCAGUUUCCGGAAGUUGUCUACAAACAUCAUAUUGAAACAGAAGGUCUCGCAAAAAUGGCACGUGACAUGGGAUAUAGUGUUGUAGGUCUUCCCUUCGUAGAAGUUUUUCAUGAGUCAACAGAAAAAUAACGUUUAUUCUCUCUUUUGCGGAAACAUACAUAUUUAAAUAUAAGAAAUUAAACACUGCUUCUUAGAAUCAAAGAACAUUUUCUAUGCAAACUUUCAAAUUUCACAGGACGCACCGUCACAGAUAUCAAAAUCAUAGUUGCUGCUAAAUCAAAGAAGAGUAAACCAGUGUCUAAACUGAGAAGACAAUUAAUUAGUGACUUAAACAAAAGAAAAUACAUUUAAACGGCUUUCGUUUUUAACAUAGACCAAUAUACUCAAUACAUAUUUGAUGCUA